UACAACUGUUCUGUUACGAGCUGUGAUUCACAUGCACGACGUCAGUACCGGCUUGUCAUCUGCAGUGACAGUACAGAUCACCUGACAUACUUGGAUAAGUACUCUUGCAAUAAAUCAAGCCGCGUAGAUGGCAAUUUAAAGCACUCUCUAAUUAAGAAACACUCCUCAGUAGAAGAUGCAAAAUCAACGAUAUCGUACGAUUGUGUGUGUGUUAGUGGCAGCAGUAAUAAUAAUAGGCAUAGGAUGUCUUAUCACAGGUAUUGUCAUGAUGACACAAGCUCCAAAGAAGAUAGAAGAGAGUCCGCCUACUACGACAUGGGGUUACUCCACCGAGGGUAAACGAAUUGGACUCGAAAACGUUCUUCAGAAAAUUCAAGACAAGUAUUUCGAGUUGUAUCCUAACAGAAUCUCGUACAAGCCUGGUGUUAAUACAGCCGAGGUUAAAAGCAAAUACAAACCGUUUGAUCCUUCACCCCUUCUCAUCAAACAUAGAACUGAUUCUGCAAGAAAGCUGUUGAAAGAACUGAAUGAGCUUCAAGUAUCUACUGAUAAACUGAAACAGUUCGAGAAACGAGCUAUCGCCCAGGCCAAGUACUGGGUGUAUCAUGUGCUGCCAUAUGGAGUACCAUACGGAUAUGACUAUUAUAAUGGAGACUGGAUGAUGGGGCCAGAUAUUUUUUGUUGGGCUCCAAUGUGCCACACAACGUAUGAGGUUCAGCGAUCUAUGAAACACUUUAAGCCAUCUAGUGUGAAGGAUAUGGAACUGCUUAAAGAAAAACUGAUAAACAUUGGCCAAGGGUACAAACAAGUCACCGAAAACUUACGCUUAGGGAUUGCAGCAGGAAUGGUACGAAACGUGGAGGCUUGCCAAAGUGGGUUGCGCGCAAUAACCAGUAGAUUCCGUCAGAUUCACGUGUCAGGAGAAAGAGGAAUUUUGAAUUCUUCUUUCGUGGAGGAAAUGUUGAGCCAAGACUUUUUAUCGGACUUCAACACGAAAACCGAAGAAGUUAACCAAUGGAAGACCAAAUAUGGUAAAGAAGCCAGCCAAUCAAUAGAAGACUUUCUCGUAAAGUACGUUGGGGAACCAAUCUAUCAGCAUCUCAGGUAUUUAGAGACAAACUACAGCAUGCAUUGCGUCUUGUCUAGUAUCUCCAGUGGGUUUGGAUCUCUACCUUUACAACAUGUUUACGUCAACAACACUCCAGUUUCCAAGGCAACAGGGCUUCUUCCAAAUGGCGAACAGCUGAAUGGGACUGAAACCUACUACAAACUACUCUCGUACUUCACCACCAUUAAUAUUACAGCAAACGAAAUACAAGCAUUAGGAACUCAACUGGUGGACAGCCUGUAUGGUGAGCUAAUGAAUUUAACACGAAAAAUCACAGGAGAAAGCGACAAUGAUAGAGCAAAGGCCAGCAUGAAAGCAAAACUGAACGAACAGAGUAAUUAUUUUGCAAAUCAAAACAUCCCUGCUAAUGAGUCCAAUGAGGAUGCCUAUAAACGAUGUAUCUCCAUGGAAACAGCCAAGGUUCACUGUCCAGUACGAUGGUAUGCUAUGCAACGCUGGUUCUCAUACGUCAGAGAGUUGACGACAAUACUAAGUGUCAAAGUUAUGAAGCUUUUCCACGUGGUUGGACCAAAGAUUUCCGUACCAAGUUGUCCUGUUGAGCCUAAAGCAGAUUUCAAUCCAGCUUCUCCAGCACCAACCUACAGAAAAACAAACACUGCGUGCACCAAUCCCGCAGGAUACUACAUUCCUUUCUUUCUAAAGAAACCCGGACCAAAAUCAGACGAAGGAACGAUCAGUGCACAUGAGGUAUCCCCUGGUCAUCACUUACAGGUUCAAGGCUAUGUCGAGCAUUUUUCUGUGGAGGAUAAGGGUGUUGUUCGAUGGCUGUCCAGUUCUCUGCAUUUCUUGGCUUUCUCAGAGGGUUGGGCUUUGUAUUCAGAGGAUCCUUUGAUAGCUCGUGAAACAGAUUCCUACAAAGAUUUUCCCCUUAUGAAGUUUGGAGCGCUGAAAUGGCAGUUGGUACGUGCAGCUCGACUUGUGGUUGAAACAGCUCUUCACACCAACCAGAUGUCUAGAGAUGAGGCUGUCCAAAUGCUGUCCAAAUACAUGUGGGAGGAUACUGGUAUGCAGGCUAAAGAGGUGACUAGAUAUCAGAGUGUACCAGGACAAGCCGUCAGCUACAUGAUCGGCAGAAUACAAAUACUGAAUAUACGUCAAUCUGCCCAGAAAAGGCUGGGAAACAAGUUCAACAUCAAGGACUUUCAUUUCCACAUGUUACGUCAAGGAGCAUCUCCUCUGAGUUAUUUGGAAACAGCAAUGCACAAGUAUGUAAGUUGUGUACUGAACAGUAAAGAAGAAGGCUGUGAAGGUGUCCUGAAGCCGCCAAUCAAGCAUGCUAGCAGUUUGGAUGGUGAUGAUUCGGACGUAGAGAGUUUAUAUCAUCCAUCUUUUGUUGUUCUUUGAAUGAAUUGGAGUUCGAUCAUCAAUUGAACUUGGUCGUGUUGGAUGAAGAUGGGUACUAGUGGGAUUACAAUACUACAAUAUUCGGAUACCACUAUAAACAUACGUCUUGCAAUAAGCUGAACAUUCUUCUGUCACACUCAAGUCGUCCAUCAGUCACUCUUUCUAUCAACCGAUUUAAGACUGGGCCCAUAACGCUACGGUAACAUACUACAAACCAAUCUCUAAAGACAAAAAUUCUAAAAUAUUCUAAAUAAGGUUUUAUAUAAAAAUAAGUUUAUUUUCACUCUAGAUAAAGAGCUUGUGAAGAAAUCUCACGCAGCUGUACAAGGGUACCAAUAAAGACAUAUGGGCUGGA